GGGCCGGGGCGGGGCGCGAGACGGCACCGGGCAGCGAUGGCGGCGGACGGGGACUGGCAGGAUUUCUAUGAGUUCCAGGAGCCGGCCCGGAGCCUGCAGGACCAAGAGAACUGUAACGCGAGCCCCGAGGCCGGAGCAGGGCCGGGCGGGGGUGGCGACGGCUUCCCAGCUCUGGCCUGCCACUUGGAGGAGAAGCUGAGCCAGUGUUUCCGCCCCUCGGGUCCGGGCGCCGAGCCCCCGAGGGCGGCUGUGCGGCCCAUCACCGAGUGCAGCCUCCUGCAGGGGGACGAGAUAUGGAAUGCCCUGACAGAUAAUUACGGAAAUGUAAUGCCUGUAGACUGGAAGUCAUCCCAUACUAGGACCUUACAUUUGCUUACUCUGAAUCUCUCAGAAAAAGGGAUGAGUGACAGCUUGCUCUUUGAUACCUCAGAUGAUGAGGAGCUGAGAGAACAGCUGGAUAUGCAUUCAAUCAUCGUCUCCUGCGUUAACGACGAGCCCCUCUUCACUGCAGACCAGGUGAUUGAAGAAAUUGAAGAAAUGAUGCAGGAAUCACCAGACCCAGAAGACGAUGAAACGCCUACCCAGUCAGAUCGGCUUUCAAUGCUUUCCCAGGAAAUUCAAACUCUUAAGAGGUCUAGCACAAGCAGUUAUGAAGAGAGGGUGAAAAGGCUGUCGGUGUCUGAAUUAAAUGAGCUGCUGGAGGAAAUCGAGACGGCCAUCAAGGAGUACUCCGAAGAGCUGGUGCAGCAGCUGGCCCUGCGAGACGAACUGGAGUUUGAGAAAGAAGUGAAGAACAGCUUUAUUUCUGUUCUCAUCGAAGUGCAAAACAAACAGAAAGAGCACAAAGAAACAGCCAAAAAGAAAAAGAAACUCAAGAACAGCAGCUCUCAGAACGGGAAGAACGAGAGAAGCCACAUGCCCGGCACACGCUUCAGCAUGGAAGGGAUCUCAAAUGUCAUUCAGAAUGGCCUCCGCCACACCUUUGGAAAUUCAGGUGGAGAGAAACAGUACUUGACAACAGUCAUUCCUUAUGAGAAAAAAAAUGGACCGCCAUCUGUUGAAGAUCUUCAGAUAUUAACAAAAAUUCUCCGUGCCAUGAAAGAGGAUAGUGAAAAAGUUCCAAGCUUGUUAACAGACUAUAUACUGAAAGUUCUGUGUCCUACAUAGGGCAGCAUCACUUCAGGAACAGCUUUAUCCUUCGUGGGCAACAAGCUACAAUUCCUAUAGCAUUAUUCUGAAAGCUGGCUACUUUUACCUUCCUGCUAUUGAAAACUCAGGACACUUGAACUUGGGUUUGUGAUUCAGUAUUACUAGAUCAUGCCUGCUCUAAUUCUUUGUAUCUUGAACUGAGAGAACCAUGGCACUAUUUUGGAUUCUAGUUUUUUUGUUAAAUACUAACAAUUCUGAGCUCUUCCCCAGCUCUGCAGAGUAAGGGGAGUGGUGUUCAGUGUGCACACGCAGCUGUAUUUUUCAUUAACGGACAGAACGUCUGAGUUUUUACGGCUUUCUAGAUCUAAACUGCACUCACUCAAGAACUAGAUUAAAGCAUUGAGACAUUUAUACUAUAGCUGUUCUUCGGUGAUGGCAAGAACCAACACUGAUUUUUUUUUUUAAGAGAACUGUCAGUAUAAACAUUACCUACCAGUAUUGUCCAGAGAGACUGAAACCUGGGGUUUUUGGAAAAAGGGAAACCAUAAUAUACAUUAUCUUGGCUCAAUACUUUGUCAAGAUCAAAACACCUGGAGAUGGUCGAUUUUAGGGCUUGCUGCGUGUCUCACCAUUGUUCAAGUUUUAACCAUUAAGCUGACAUUCACUUUCAGAAUCUUGUAUUGUUUAACUUUCGAGGUUUCCAUGUUCCAUUUUACAUGUCUGUGAAGAAGUGUCCUUAAAAGGAAUUGGUGUCUUUUAAGGUGCUUAAACCGUAUGCUGCAGCGGUGCCUGCCCCUGUUACUAUCGUAUUGUAUUCACGCCUGUGUUUUCCUAAAGCACUAAUUCUAGGAACAGCUACUCAUGGAUCCAUCCCUAGUUAUGAAACACCUUUGCCAGUUCCAAUCAAGUCAAUUCCAUUGAAUAAAUGUUGGAAAAAAAGUA